GUGCAACCACACAACAACCGAGCCCGACCCUCAUUUUCCUCAUUGCGCGUCAAGCACACGAGCCUCUUUCUUCCCAUCGCACCCUUUCGGGCCAAGAACCGGUUUCCUCUUGUGCUUCACGGACGGCCUCGUUUAAUUGGCAAGCUCAGCGACUUGCUUCGCUGCUUAAUUCCCGCGACUCCUCCGUUCGUUUCUCUCGGUGUGGAGCUCCACCGUUCCCACCCCUUUCAAACGACGUCUCUCUCCAGCUUUCUGCCUUCUUGUUCACGACCGGGCGCACUCAGCAACUUUUGACAAGUUGGUUACUAUUCCUCGUUGACCGCGCGCAGCCGAGCGCAUACAGAUCACCAUGGCGCCGGCUCUGCCCAUCAAAUUCCAGGAGCUGCUCCAGCUCAGCAGCCUGGGCGUCAACCAAACCGCCAUUACUUUCAAUACCUGCACCCUAGAGUCAGAUUCCUUCAUCUGCAUCCGAGACAAGAAGGAUGAGGCGGCAUCACCCGAAGUCCUUAUCAUCGAUCUCAAGAAUGGCAACAAUGUCAUACGACGGCCCAUCAAGGCCGACAGCGCGAUAAUGCACUGGUCCCGCCAGGUCAUCGCCUUGAAGGCCCAGUCCCGGAUGCUCCAGAUUUUUGAUCUAGAGCAGAAGCAGAAGCUCAAAUCCACCACAAUGAACGAGGAUGUGUCGUUCUGGAAAUGGACCAGCGAGACGACGCUUGGCCUCGUUACAGAGAACGCAAUCUACCACUGGGAUGUCUUCGAUCCGACACAAGCGGCACCUGUAAAGGUGUUUGAUCGUGGCCCUUCACUUCAGAGCAAUCAAAUCAUCAACUAUCGAACCAGCGCCGAUGGCAAAUGGAUGGUUGUGGUUGGCAUUUCCCAGCAACAAGGCCGAGUAGUUGGCGCGAUGCAGCUAUAUUCCAAAGAUCGCGGUAUCAGCCAGGCCAUUGAAGGCCACGCUGCUGCCUUUGGCACAAUCCGGUUGGAUGGUGCCCCCGAGGAGACCAAGCUUUUCACCUUUGCUGUCCGAACAGCAGUGGGCGCGAAACUGCAUAUUGUCGAGGUUGACCAUCCCGAGACGAAUCCCGUUUUCCCCAAGAAGGCUGUCGAUGUGUUCUUCCCCCCAGAAGCUACCAACGACUUCCCAGUGGCCCUCCAGGUCUCGCAAAAGUACGGCAUCAUUUACCUCAUCACCAAGUACGGUUUCAUCCACCUCUACGAUCUCGAGACGGGAACAUGUAUUUUCAUGAACCGCAUCUCGGGCGAGACUAUCUUCACUGCCUGCGGGGACAAGGAAUCUAGUGGCGUCAUUGGCAUCAAUCGCAAGGGUCAGGUUCUCUUCGUUAGCGCCGAUGAGAAUACAAUUGUUCCCUAUGUCCUCGAGAGCCACGGCACCGAGCUGGCGCUCAAGUUGGCGUCACGCGCUGGCCUCCCUGGCGCCGACAACCUCUACCAGCAGCGCUUCGAACAACUUUUCACCAGCGGCAGCUACCAGGAGGCUGCCAAGGUCGCGGCUAAUUCUCCACGAGGGUUCCUGCGGACGCCACAGACCAUAGAGCGGUUUAAGCGUCUUCCCCAGCAGCCCGGUCAGAUGUCCCACAUCCUGCAGUAUUUCGGCAUGCUACUCGACAAGGGGUCUCUCAACCAGCACGAGACGAUCGAGCUCGCUCAGCCUGUGUUGGCCCAGAACCGAAAGCAGCUCCUGCAGAAGUGGCUCGGUGAGAACAAGCUUGAAUGCUCUGAGCAGCUUGGUGACAUGGUUCGCCCUCACGACAUGAACAUGGCGCUUGCCAUCUACUUGAAGGCCAAUGUUCCUCAUAAGGUGGUUGCUGGCUUUGCCGAAACCGGCCAGUUCGACAAGAUUCUCCCCUACUGCGCUCAGGUCAACUAUCACCCCGACUUUGUCCAAUUGCUCCAGCACAUCGUUCGUGUCAACCCCGAGAAGGGCGCCGAGUUUGCUACGUCACUAGCCAAUCAGGAGGGUGGCUCGCUUGUUGACCUUGAGCGGGUAGUCGACAUCUUCCAGUCCCAGGGUAUGGUGCAGCAAGCUACGGCCUUCCUUCUUGAUGCUCUCAAGGACAACAAGCCCGAGCAAGCCCAUCUCCAAACUCGGCUCCUGGAAAUGAACCUUAUCAACGCACCCCAGGUAGCAGAUGCUAUUCUUGGAAAUGACAUGUUCUCCUACUUCGACAAGGCUCGCAUUGCAUCUCUCUGCGAGCAGGCUGGGCUUUUGCAAAGGGCCUUGGACUUGUACGAGGACCCUGCCGCUGUCAAGCGGGUCAUCGUCAACAUCGCUGGUACUCCGGCUUUCAAUCCCGACUGGCUUGUCGAGUACUUUGGCCGGCUAUCUGUCGAGCAAUCCAUCGACUGCCUCGACGGCAUGAUGAAGCACAACAUCCGCCAGAACCUCCAGUCCGUGGUCCAAGUUGCCACCAAGUAUGCCGAGCUUCUUGGAGCGCAGCGCCUGAUUGAUCUGUUCGAGAAGUAUAAGACUGCUGAGGGUCUCUACUACUUCCUCGGCAGCAUCGUGAACGUGAGCGAGGAUCCUGAAGUUGUCUUCAAGUAUAUCGAAGCCGCCACCAAAAUGGGCCAGAUUCGGGAGGUCGAGCGCAUCUGCCGCGACAACAGCGUUUACAACCCGGAGAAGGUCAAGAACUUCCUCAAGGAGGCCAAGCUCGGCGAAAUGCUUCCACUGAUGGUUGUCUGCGACCGCUUCAAUUUCGUGCAUGACCUCGUGCUCUAUCUUUACCAGCACCAGCAGUUCAAGUCGAUCGAGAUCUACGUGCAGCAGGUCAACCCAUCGAGAACACCCGGAGUUAUCGGCGGACUGUUGGACGUCGAUUGCGAUGAGAACAUCAUCAAAAACCUCCUCUCCACCGUCAAUCCGAUCUCAAUCCCGAUCGACGAGCUCGUGCGUGAGGUCGAGACUCGUAACCGUCUUAAGCUGCUCCUCCCCUUUUUGGAGGCAACUCUGGCCGCCGGCAACCAGCAGCAAGCAGUCUAUAAUGCCCUGGCAAAGAUUUACAUCGAUUCCAAUAACAACCCGGAGAAGUUCUUGAAGGAGAAUGACCAGUAUGACACGCUCACGGUCGGCAAGUACUGCGAAAAGCGGGAUCCCAAUCUCGCCUACAUCGCCUAUCGCAAGGGCCAGAACGACCUUGAGUUGGUCAACAUCACCAACGAGAACGCGAUGUACAAAGCCCAGGCGAGAUAUCUCCUCGAGCGGGCCGACCGGGAGCUCUGGAUGUUUGUCCUCAGCGAAAACAAUAUACACCGCCGUUCAGUGGUCGAUCAGGUUAUCUCGACGGCCGUCCCCGAGUCAACAGAUCCCGCCAAGGUCUCCGAGGCAGUGGCGUGCUUCCUGAAUGCAGAUCUCCCUGCUGAGCUCAUUGAGCUUCUCGAAAAGAUUGUCCUGGAGCCAUCACCGUUCAGCGAUAAUCAGAACCUCCAGAACCUGCUCAUGUUCACUGCCGCUAAGGCUGAUAAGGCCCGUGUUAUGGACUACAUCCACCGGCUGGACAAUUUCUCCGCAGACGAGAUCGCCAACGUUUGCAUUGAGGUCGGCCUGCAUGAAGAGGCGUUUGAGGUCUACAAGAAGAUCGAUAACAAGGAGGCUGCCGUCAAUGUCCUUGUGGAGCACGUGGUCAGCAUUGAUCGGGCACAGGCUUACGCGGAGGAGGUCGACAUUCCCCAAGUCUGGAGUAAGGUCGCCAAGGCUCAGUUGGAUGGUCUCCGGAUUGGCGACUCGAUCGAUUCGUACAUCAAGGCGGAAGACCCGAAGAAUUAUGAGGAGGUCAUCGAGGUUGCUGUGGCGGCAGGGAAGAACGAGGAGCUGAUCAAGUAUCUCCGCAUGGCUCGAAAGACGCUCCGCGAGCCCGUCAUAGAUACAGCGCUCGCCUUCUGCUAUGCCCGCCUUGAUCAGCUCGCGGAGUUGGAAGACUUCCUGCGGGCAACCAACGUGGCAAAUGUCGAAGAGUCCGGUGACAAGGCCUAUGCUGAGGGCCUCUUCGAGGCUGCCAAGAUCUUCUACACCAGCAUUUCCAACUGGGCCAAGCUCGCGACAACGCUGGUGCAUCUGGCCGACUACCAGGCCGCUGUUGAUUGCGCGCGCAAGGCUAACAACAUCAAGGUCUGGAAGGAGGUUCACGAGGCAUGCGUUGGCAAAAAGGAAUUCCGCCUUGCGCAGAUCUGCGGCCUCAACCUCAUCGUCGAUGCAGAACAGCUUCAGGCUCUCGUCAAGCAGUACGAGCGCGAGGGGUAUUUCGACGAGCUGAUCAACCUGCUCGAGCAGGGCCUUGGUCUGGAGCGUGCCCACAUGGGCAUGUUCACUGAACUUGGAAUUGCCCUGUCCAAAUACCACCCUGAGCGGUUGAUGGAGCACAUCAAGCUCUUCUGGAGCAGGAUGAAUCUCCCCAAGAUGAUCCGCGCAUGCGAGGAAGCCAACCUCUGGCCCGAGUUGGUCUUCUGCUAUUACCACUACGACGAGUUUGACAAUGCUGCACUUGCCGUUAUGGAGCGGCCCGAGAACUCUUGGGAGCACCAACAGUUCAAGGAGAUCACAGUCAAGGUUGCCAACCUUGAGAUUUACUACAAGGCCAUCAACUUCUAUCUUGAGCAGCACCCGUCUCUCCUGACCGAUCUUCUGCAAGCUUUGACUCCUCGGAUUGACGUCAACCGGGUAGUCCGCAUGUUCCAAAAGUCCGAUAAUCUACCCCUAAUCAAGCCCUUCCUGCUCAACGUCCAGUCGCAAAACAAGAGGACUGUUAACGAUGCAAUCAACGACCUGUUGAUUGAGGAAGAGGAUUACAAGACUCUCCGUGACUCGGUCGAAAACUACGACAAUUACGAUCCCGUUGAUCUCGCCGGUCGUCUGGAGAAGCAUGACCUGGUAUUCUUCCGUCAAAUCGCCGCCAACAUCUACCGGAAGAACAAGCGGUGGGAGAAGUCAAUCAACCUGUCCAAGCAGGACAAACUAUGGAAGGACGCAAUCGAGACAGCUGCCAUCUCUGGCAAGUCCGAUGUUGUUGAAGAUCUUCUGCGCUAUUUCGUCGACAUUGGCAACCGUGAAUGCUACGUAGGCAUGCUAUACGCCUGCUACGACUUGAUCCGGCCCGACGUUGUACUGGAGCUUUCCUGGCGCAAUGGCCUCCAUGACUUCACCAUGCCAUACAUGAUCAACCUGCUCUGCCAGCAGACCAAGGAGCUGGCCACUCUCAAGGCUGAUAACGAGGCCCGCAAGGCCAAGGAAAAGGAGCAAGAAAAGGUGGAGGACAACACGCCUAUCCUUGGCGGCAACCGGCUCAUGAUCACCGCCGGACCUGCCCCUCACGCGGCGUCGCCCGCGCCGUUCAUGCAGACCAAUGGGUUCGCUCCGCAGCCGACCGGCUUCGGCUUCUAGACGUGUGUUUCAGUGGUGGGUUUAUGAGCCAGGGGAGCCGUGAUUGUGCGGCAACACGUUCAGAUCUGUUAGCAACCUCCUAGAUAAAACGGUCACAGAGGGUCAGUGGGAUGUGAAGGCGCAGAUGGACAGUUUAGGGUGUUUGUUUACGGGUGGUCCGGGGGCGACUGUCUUACACGCAGCUUCGGGGGAUUCCCUGUGCUACUAUUAUUUGUACCUGUAUGAAAGUCUAACCACCUUGUCCGGUUCAAGUACUUGAUUUGGCUUCUUCCACUUCUCAAGGGUCCUCCCGAGUGCUUGAUAAUGAGUUUAAGUUAUGGUACUGCGCCAUUCAAUGCUCCAGUGAGGCAGAGAGACUGCAAACAGCGUUCUAGCUGGCAGCCUUCUCGCAAACUGCCGCGCUGUCAGGCGUAUAAC